AUGGCUUGCCUCUCUUCUUGUCUUCGACUUCCUUCCUCCCUCCCUCUCCUCCGUCAGGUAGCAGGCGCGGUGGGGACUUUUCCACUUCCUUUCUCUGUUCCUCGCUCGCUCCCUCUUCUUCUCCGUCAGACAGCGGGCGCGGUGGGGACGAGGACGUUCGCGACGCUCAGCUAGAAUUGGGGUGUAUUGAAGUGUCCUGAUUGUGCCAUUCUGUUCAAGCCAAACUUGUCGAAAGGACAGGAUGACUAGGAUCUAAAUACAAGCAUUUGAAAGGUUUUCCUUUGUGUGAAAUAUCAGCAACCAAAAAUGGCAGCAAAUAAGCCCAAAAGCCAAAAUUCUCUGGCUCUGCACAAAGUCAUCAUGGUAGGCAGUGGUGGGGUAGGAAAAUCUGCACUAACACUGCAGUUCAUGUAUGAUGAGUUUGUAGAAGACUAUGAACCUACCAAAGCAGACAGCUACAGAAAAAAAGUAGUCCUGGAUGGGGAAGAAGUUCAGAUAGAUAUAUUGGAUACAGCAGGACAAGAAGAUUAUGCUGCAAUUAGAGACAACUAUUUCCGAAGUGGAGAGGGUUUUCUCUGUGUGUUCUCCAUUACAGAGCUUGAAUCUUUUGCAGCUACAGCAGACUUUAGAGAACAGAUUUUAAGAGUAAAAGAAGAUGAGAACGUUCCCUUCUUGCUAGUUGGUAACAAAUCAGAUUUGGAAGAUAAAAGACAGGUUUCUGUAGAAGAAGCGAAAAACAGAGCUGAUCAGUGGAAUGUUAACUAUGUGGAAACAUCGGCUAAAACACGAGCCAAUGUUGACAAGGUAUUUUUUGACUUAAUGCGAGAAAUUAGAGCAAGAAAGAUGGAAGACAGCAAAGAAAAGAAUGGGAAAAAGAAAAGGAAAAGUCUAGCCAAAAGGAUCAGAGAAAGAUGUUGCAUUUUAUAAUCAAAGCUCCAAACUAUUUCCCUACCUUGCCCAUACUAAUAAAAUCCAUAACUUAUAGCAUGCCAUUUGAAGGCUCCUAUGACCGAAAUUACUCUUAACAGUUUGGAAAUUGUAAUGUACCACAUAAAGCAUGAAUUGGGACAACACUGAAAGUUUCACAGAAAAAGUUUAAUGUGGCUUCAAGAGAAGCAGAAUUCAACUCAUUUCAUAAUCUGCCUCCUUUCACCACAGUUCUUCUGAAUGUAGAGUGUGUCUUUUCUUGGACAGUCUGUCUUGAACUGUAAACAAAAGCAUUACUUUCUAUGGUUUCUUCUAAAUCAUAUACUUUUAUAUCACCAAAUCUUCACUUUGUCUCCUCCUACUGCCUUGAAAACUACAGCGGUGGUCAAAAUUAAGCAAAGGUAGUAUAUAAGCUUUUUUGCUGUUAUAAGAUUAUGCAAAUUAGAGAAGAGAAACUAGCUCUGUUCUCUGAUGCUUCUAUUGGGAGUCAUUUAUACAUGGAAUUAGCAUAGACAAAUGGUAUAAACUCGUAUGAGAAUAUUUGAAUAUGCCUUAAUUUAAAAACCUAAAAAAAGUUAAUGUAGUUGAGGGUAUAUCUCCAUUGUGGUGCAUUGAAAUGUCCGCAUCACUAUGCGAAAGUAUAUCCUUUAGUGUGGAGUGCAGUUCUUGUGAGCAGUUUUUGCUAACUGUGUGCUAGCAGUAUCACUGAUCAGAAAAGUGUGCCAUACUCUGGGACUUGAAUAGUCCAGAGCGUACUGUUACGUGUGAUUUAGUUAAAGAAUAGCUUAAAGGGCCGACAUGCACAUGUACAGCUGAGAUUGAAGUGAAAAGGGGUACAGCACAUUUCAGUCUGAAGUGGCCACUUAUUCCUUAAUAUGCAGAUACUGACCACUGGCAAUUAAUGUCUGUAUGUUUGGGGAGAUAGUUGUGGCACAAUGUGGGUCUUCAGUAGCACGAAUGUGGUCUUGCUCUUGGGAAUGUCUGGGGAAAGCUGAAACUGUCAAUCUUUCUUUUUUCUACAUCUUUGGGAAUAUUAUGUGGCUAUGCUAAACUGUUAUGUUCAUUACUUAAUAGGAAAGCAUUGCAGCUACUCUGGUUCAUAUCAAUUGGCCGUAUUCUGCCGUACAGAAAGGUUGAUAGUGUGCUUCCAAAAUCCCUCAUCAGUACAUUGAAAAUGUAUUGUAGAACUCUUCUGCAUUUGAAGAAAUACUAGCACAAUGUUAGUACAUGGCAUUUAACUAAAGAUAAACCAGUAUCUGAGGUCUUUAAGCCUCUUGGGCAUGGGUGUAAGGGUUAGAUCAGUUCCAAAAACUAUUACUUUUUUAUAUACAUGUGUAAACUUAUAAACUGACAGUUCAAGAUGUGUCUGAGCAAACUAAACGUGUAUUUAACAUGCUAACAAGUAGACAUUAGGAUUGUGGCUCUUUAGAAACACACUACUUGAUAUUUAUCAAGAAAUUUUGUAUGUACAUUCUCCAGUAGAUGCUACCAUGUGCAGAAUUAGUUCUUGAUGUGCCUGACCAGCAGGUUGGUCCUCAUUUAUUGUGUAUUUGUUUCCAGUCUAUUUAACCAGGGAGUUUAACCACUAACAUUGUGAUGUUGUUUGUGUAAUGGGAACCAAGGUGUUAUGAAGCCAAUGGACACACAGAAACAAUUGUCAUAGGCUGAUGCCUUAUCAGAUACUUUUUAUUUGCUAUUUGAGCCAUUGAAUAUGAAUAAACUUUCAUUUUUUAAA